CUCCUUUGUUGCUUGGACUCCUUACUACCUCUAACUAGCCCCCAUCCGGGAGGGCUCUGACAAUAUGUCUCAAAUGGAAGCCGAGGGCGACUCUUUGAGAGCGACACCAAGGAUAAAUGACCGUCACCAGGCAAGUAUUGAGCUGGACAAUAUCAUUAUCCAGAUUCGUCAGCUUCUUAGCUUCGGCAACUUUUCACUUCCUCCACCAGUCGAGGAACUGAACGCUGGUGCAUUUGCAGGGCCCAUUAUACUCAUCGAUGCCAGCAAACUUAGCUGCGAUGUAUUUCUGAUUGAUGCCGAUGCCUUUUGAUCGGUAUGCCUUCCUGUGGCAGGUGCAGGUGGGUCACGUGAGGCAGCUCCUUCACAUCUCGGAGCUGCCCCACCUA